GAAGUAUGUAUAAAUAACUGCGCCCUGCCCCUAUACUCAAACUAUUCCUUACCGCAGGACAGAGGUGGUCAGACUUGUUACCGUGCGUUGAAAAAUGAAGAUUUUUAGUUCUCAAUUGUUCGUCCUUGUUUUGCUGUACUGCUGCAUCGUAUCACUAGCAUCGAGGUAUGUAUUGCAUGGGCUUGUAGAAAAUCUCCACUGAAAUACCGCCAAUAUUGCGCUCAGUUUGGAAACCGUUGUUAAAUCAACAUUCCUGUUAUCCGCCGUACCGAUGUCGGGUGAACAUUGUCGCGAUCGUCAGUUUGUCGACUUGUUCGACGAAUUGUGGAACUAAAACGACAUUUAAUGAUUGAAAUGUGUUCUGCUGGCAGACAGUUCAAGGGCGUUCGUAUCGCCCUAUGAAGUCAAACGCACUACACUUCUUGCCAAGUUUGCAGUGGGUAAUAUUCAGUUUAGCCUCUGUGGUUUAGCAUUAAGCCCAGGAUGAGAGCACGCAGUCACGCAUUGGUAUGGGGGACAGAGAUUGACAAAAUAGAGGUUUAAUGAGUAUUCUAAUUACGUUUUAACUUCAAUAAAACACAUGAUAGUGUUGGGAAAGCAUUAAGAACAGCUAACCGAGAUUGCGUGACUGCCAAUUCUCAUGCAUUUUCAUCCUCGUUUGAUCAGGGCUUUAGAAUUAUGAAAUUGUGAAAAUGGAAGCAUGUGGAAGCUGGUAGGAAGUAGAAAUAGAUAAAAAAUGUUGUAAAGAUCCCACGAUAUCGUGUCCGAACUAAGGAAGUAAUCAAAUUUGUAAUUAAGGCCAUGUUACAAAAGGCAAUUCCCCUGCAAGUGGCGAUGCAAUUUCGGUUACAGAGCCAUGUUAUCUAAAAAAUAGUCUGUCGCACAGAAAUGCGAGCAUGCCCGCAUUCUACUCAGCCAACACUUUCUUUCCAUAACAUACUCCUAAGCAUAAGGGAUGAAAAUGAAGAAAAUAUAAUAGUAAUUACUGUGGAUAGCAUUUGGUCUUUUUAUUAAUAUCCGCGCCACGGCCAGCCAUUGUCGACAAGGCGGCUGUUUCAAUUUUUGACCAGGUCAAACUAAUCCUCAAUAAUCCUAACUGUUUUCUACUUUUAGGGCUCCACCUCCAGCACCUGGCUCGAAACUUCGGGCUCAACGAAAUUCACGAUUAGGUAGACAUAUACUUUCACAUUAUGUUACGUUAAUUAUUGAAAUAUAUUAGUUAAAUAUAUUAGCAUUGGGGGGAAAUAACACCUUUCGUCAAACACAAGUGCGAUGUUUUUAUACUACUUGAAGAAUAAGUGUUUUUUUAGUGGAACUGUCCAAUUUCCCCUACGCCCAAGAAAAUAUUAAGGCCAGGCCGGUCAAAUAAGGAUAAGAGUCAAUGAUAAUUGAUGAUUCUCCUUAUUACGUUUUCGUAGCGCUUUGCAUUGUGGUUAUAGUGGUAUCACUGAUAAAGAUAGUGGCCUCGAAUGAAAAUAUGGAAUGUUUUCGCGAAUAUUUUGCUGUAGGCUAUCGCGCACCUGACCCUAGCUUUUUUUAAAAGUUCUUGCACGGGUCAGGACAAAAAAUAAGCCACCUUGAAUAUCAGUGAUACCACUAUAACCACAAUGCAAAGCGCUACGAAAACGUAAUAAGGGGAAUCUAGUAUUGCAAUUCUCGCUCGCGUUUGACCGUCAAUUCCCAUCAACCCUCAUAUCCACUCUCGUCAACUCUCAUCAAUUUUGAGCUGGGUCAAAUUUUGAAGCGGUGAUGAGAAGUUUUGCUCGUGCCUGUGUUGCAGCCGUGAAGCCCUGGGAACAAAGAAGCUCGUUUGACAGGAACACGCGGGGAUGACACUGGAUAUGAAAUUUCUCGGAGUCCAAACUCUCGCUUGUCAACUCCCAUCAACUUUCAUCCUUGUCUGAUCUUGACCCCAUUACGAUUAAUAGUUCCAUAGCGCCAAUUUACAUGUAGGAUAUAUGAUCAAAUGCGCUUUACAUCGAGACAGAUAUCGAGUAUUACGCUUACCUAAUUACAUACUUAGUCUUAGCCUAGACUAUUUCAUCUAAAUAAUCAUCUUUACAACUAUUGUGAUAUUUUUAAAAAUGUUGGAAGCGAAACCAGGAUUCAUAAUUAAUUGUGUAAACGUUCUCUGGUUAAAAAGAUUUAUUUGUUACAAGCUUUCGACUGCCAGUCUGCAGUCUUCGACGGGUAGAUUAAUAAUGUGCUAGUGAUAUAAGAUAUGAUACAAAGUGAAUAGUGCUAUACAAAAGCGGUUUACAAUUAUAUUUACUGACACAAAAGACAAUUACUGAAAGUUCCGCCUACGUAAAAGAUUGGUGACUAAUUAUAUAUUGUGUAGAAUUUAAAGUUUUUUGAGCAAAAAGCGAUAUUGUUCUGGCAAAUGUUUUGCGUUGUUAUCAGCGUCUUUCGUGCAUGUAGUACGUGUGCCAAGACUCUAAUGUCGAUCUGUGUCGAUAGCUUCCCUUGUCAAUUACUUUUCCGUUUUUAAAAUCAAUUCUGUGGUCGUUUGCCCACGCACGGUUCGCGAUAUUAGAGCCACUCUUGCAUUUUUUCACGUUUCGUUCGUGCUCUUUUCUUCUUGUUAUAAAGGCCCUGCCUGUCUCGCCAACGUAACUCCACGAGCAAUCUGAACAAUUAAUUUGAUAGACUACGUUCGUCUGGUUCUCAGGUAGUGGUCGGUACGAAACCUCUCCGCACACUAGAACAAAUGUUUCCCUCAACAAAAGACCGACCACUACCUGAGAACCAGACGAACGUAGUCUAUCAGAUUAGUUGUUCAGAUUGCUCGUGGAGUUACGUUGGCGAGACAGGCAGGGCCUUUAUAACAAGAAGAAAAGAGCACGAACGAAACGUGAAAAAUGCAAGAGUGGCUCUAAUAUCGCGAACCAUGCGUGGGCAAACGACCACAGAAUUGAUUUUAAAAACGGGAAAAUAAUUGACAAGGGAAGUUAUCGACACAGAUCGACAUUAGAGUCUUGGUACACUGCACGCACGAAAGACGCUGAUAACAACUCAAAACAUUUGCCAGAACAAUAUCGCUUUUUGCUCAAAAAACUUUAAAUUCUACACAAUAUAUAAUUAGUCACCAAUCUUUUACGUAGGCGGAACUGUCAGUAAUUGUCUUUUGUGUCAGUAAAUGUAAUUGUAAACCGCUUUUGUAUAGCACUAUUCAGGGUCUUAGCUAGAGGGCCGUGUUGGCCGUGUUAUCGCGGCCAAAAGUGGAAAAACACGGCUAGAUAAAAUGAAAGCGGCUUCAUUAUUUAUAUAAGGCCGUGUAGGUUCAUAAAAUAAGGUGUUGCUACAGUACUUACAACAGACAGAAUUUCUUCCAAUUUACGUCGUAAGAAAAUUUGUAAAAUCUACUGUUGUUGUUGAAAUUGGCAAAAGCGAUCCAGUUUUAUUGUCUUGAUGGAUAAUAGGAACUGUAUGGUGUUAAAAUGGUUUUAAAUACCCCCAAGAGUUCCUGAAAUAAUUUAAUACUUUAAUGUCAGUGCGCAAUAUGAGCGUAUGCUCGCCUUGUAUUUGGUUGCAAAGCAUACAUGCAGUCGAACAACCACAGGCAUUGUCUGUUGUUGGCGAGCAUAACUAGAACUGUGAGAUUGGCUAUUCAAGGUAAGUGACAUGUGCACGCCCUGGUCAUUAGAAACACGCCCAAGAUCUAAAAUCCUAGCUAAGACCCUGGCACUAUUCACUUUGUAUCAUAUCUUGCUAUCACUAGCACAUUAUUAAUCUACCCGUCGAAGACUGCAGACUGGCAGUCGAAAGCUUGUAACAAAUAAAUCUUUUUAACCAGAGAACGUUUACACAAUUUAUUGUGAUAUUACUCCUUUCCCUGUUGGAGGAAACCGGAGCACCCUGAGAAAACCCACGACUUUCGGCAGAGCGUUGACAGACUCUUUUCACAUCAGUCCAUAGCGAGAAUUGAACCAGGUGAAAGGCGCUCGCUCUUACGACCCCAAUUACAACCCUAUCCUUCUGUCGCUAUAGGUCCUCUCCAAGUCAGCCGUGGCCAGGUUACAUUUGAUUCCGAAGGCAACGACAUCCCAAGAAGUAUUUAUUUCAGUCGUAAACCUCACGUACCAAGCUCCGCUUCUGGUAUAACUAUUGGCAGAGGUUAUGAUCUCAAAGAAAGAAAACAAUCUGGAGUAUACAGGGAGUUAUUGCGCGUUGGAAUACCUGCAAACAUUGCGCAAAAAUUCUCGAGAGGAGUUGGUUUGAAGGGACGGACAGCAAAAAAUUACUUAAAGGUGAAAUUUUCAGUUUCUAUCACGAAAUAUAGUAACGAGUGAUUAAAUUAACUUCUUAGUGUCACCUGCCGAGCGAUGUUAUUUUAUGUCGUAGAAACAAUGAUAACGGUAACGAUGUUAAAAUCACUCACACAAGCAAUUUCUUUCACAAUCGGACGAUAACAAUAAAUUGUUUGACCAAUCAGCACGUGUUUACAAGUUAUCGUAUCGUUAUCGUUGUGUAGUAAGUGUGAUCAGGCCUUAUGACAAUAGUAUAAUAGCAGCCUAGUCCCAGGCUCUCGCGCUGAACGCUGCUCUAAGUGUUUUAUAAGUUUUAUGCCUGGGUGUGCUGUGCCGAGCGCUUCAUACCACAUCCGCGUAUCCGCGUUUGCUUCAGAACGACUGGGACUAGGCUGGUAUAAUAGGACAUUAUUUAUCGUGUUUAGAGACCAAAAUUCAAAUUAUUUUAAUAAAUUUAUCCAACUGACAGAUUCAGUGUUAAUUAGGCCGACAUUUAAUAUAUAAUGAGCCGUAUUGUUAUUGAGCCGUACAAUUUCGCCACACCUUUUGCCCAGAUGCGAAAAUUUGAAAGUUUCAGCAUACCUUAUAAAGCACGGUUUGUGGCUAUAAAGUACGCCUAUUUUCGGCAUGGGCGUACCGGAAGGGAAAAAUUAAGGGGGCGGAAAGAAAUUUGCCCGACUUUUUCGGAUUGUGCCCGACCAGUGCCGAAAAAAUUUUUUCCGGAACAAAUUAAUUUUGGCGACCUCCCCCCCGUCGCCAAAAAAAUUUCGGUCAGUGUACCAUUUUAGGGGUCCAAAAAAUUUUCCGACAUACCAAAAUUUUUCGGAACAUCAUACAAAUUUUCCAGACAUCACAAAAUUGACCACAAAAUUGACAGAAUUUCCCACAAAAUUAACAGAAUUUGUCCCAUUUAUUUUUAUAAUAAGCCGCCAAUAUUGCCCGACUGUGGAGCGAAUAUUGCCCGACUGGCUUUGUUUGCCCAACAAACUGGGUGGGGGGUGGGGGGGGGGCUGCCGCCCCCACCCCGACCCCCCGCCCGGUACGCCCAUGGUUUUCGGCAUACCUUUUAGCCAUGGUCUGUGGCUAUAAAGUACGCCUGUUUUCGGCAUACCUUUUAGCCACGGCAUACAUACCUUGUAGCCACCCAUUUUUCAGCAUUUGGCCACAUAAAAAUGCAGUAUGCUGUGGUGUCAUGGGCGGUAGCUCAGCUAUAUCCGGAGUAGCCCGCGUGCAGGCCCACCGAGGGAAGAAUAGUGGGCCUGCGCGCGGGCUAUAUCCAGACGUGUGAACUACAGCGUUCUAUAGCAAGCGUACUGUUCUGUAUCGUAUAGUGUUCGGUUACUUUAAAGAACUAUAGUAAACUAUAGCGUAUAGUUUCAUUUUUUAUCCCAGUUACAAUGUCUUUUCCUCAUGGCCACCUCUGCUUUCACUUUUUAGAAAAACAACCUUCAAACCUACACCAUAACGCACAAUCAACAAAAGAAACUAUUUUACAUCGCUUACGAUGCGAUAGCUGCUGACGCGAGACGCCUAGCAACCAAACCUGACGUGCAGAGAGCGUACGGUAAAACAAACUGGGCCCGACUGAACAGCGCAAUAAAAGAUGUGGUCGUCGAUUUACGGUAUCGAGGCGAUUACACCCCAACAACCAGACGAAAAAUCCAACGUGCGAUAGCUGCAAAUAAUUUGAAAUCGUUCACACAACUCAUGAGUGAUCAAAAUUACUGGUUGAAGCAGAUUAAAGUGCCAAGAGAUCGAUUCUUGCGCAGGAAGAAUGCUCUGGUCAAAGCGGGAUAAAGACACAAUGAAUUAUUGUCGUGACGUUUAGAAAGUGACUCAUUUUAUUGGUUUUUGAAAAUGUAGACUGUUUCAUGUCUGAAGCAAGUUCAAGCAACGUUUAAUGCCUUAAUCCUAAAUUUAAUAAUGUAUAUGCUUUUUUAAGAAUACAUUGUUUGGUGGUCUUCCGU